CUUCGCGCCGUUUUAAACCAGUUCGUUACCGCUCGAAUGCGUGAGGAGACUUGGGGGGGAGAGGGGGACUCUGGAGAACAGGAGUGACGGCGACAAAGGCGCGUCUCCCAGCUCGGUGUCUUCUUCUCUCUCGGGGCGUUGGGUGAGUCGCCAGCCUCCGCUUUCCAAGUUAAAUCUUCUUCUCACCGUCCUGCACCUCGUCCUCUUCUCUUUUCUUCUGCUCUCUGCCCUCCAACUCAACGGCUUUCUCCACCAUUCUUCGAGACGCUUUCCGUGGGCGCGGGGACAUACGGAUACAACAUUCUUAUAUACACAUCAUCACAUAUAUAUAUAUAUAUAUAUACAUACUUAUAAAUAUAUAUAUAUAUAUUGUAUGUAUAUAUGUCUAUAUAUUAUUCAAUUUAUUAUUUGUGUGCAUGCAAACGCGAGUGCUAGAAGAAGCUCAAUCUAGCCUGCGUGGACAACUAGGAGUCAUGUCGGAGGCGUCCGCGUUGGCGCGCGUUGUGACUGGCGAGGCCUUUCUUCCAGAGCCUUGCCCAGGUGACUCCUAGAUGUCAAAAACGGUUUCCAGGAGAAAUCGCGAAAGUGGAUAAGAAAGCGCUCGCGGCUUUCUUAGCCAGCCGCGCGCCUUCCGGUGUCUGUCCACCCGGCUUCGCUCCCUUCUCGCACAUCUUCCGAAUUCGGAUCUCGGUCUCUUCCCGCCACAUCGCUUUUUUCUUCUCUUCGCUGAAGAGGCGAGAACUCGAGAAGUCCCUCCUUUUUGGUAGCGCCCUCUUCCUUCUUGCGUUUUCGCGUUCUCAGGUUUUUUCCUCCUCUCCUCUCUCUUCACUGUCCGGUCCUCCACGAUGGCUGCGCCGGCACCCCCUUCCUCUGUCUCUCCUCUCUCUGCUCAGCCUGACUCUUCCCCGACGCCUCGCUCUUCUUCUUCUCCUCCUCCGCCUGUCUCCUCUUCUCCUCCUCCGCCUGUCUCCUCUGGCUCUCCUCUUCCUCUCUCAUCAUCUCCUUCUCUUCCUCUCUCCUCUUCUCUGCCUUCUUUGGCGUCUGCGCCCUCUUCCGAGGUUUUGGAGGCUUGCAUUCAGCAGCUGAAUGAAGAGUUUUCGACUCUAGAGUCGCUCUCCUCGCUGGACUCGAAAAUCGCUUCGCUCCAGUCCUACCUCAGGGCGCUCGACCAAGACAUUCUCAUCGCCGUGCGAGAGCAAGCUCGGCGCUCGUCCUCCUCCUCGUCCUCCUCCUCGUCUUCCUCCUCGUCCUCUUCUUUGUCUCUGGAGGCGUUGAGAGGCAGUGUGAAGGCGUUGAUGUCGACCUUUGAGGCGAUGGCAAGGCGCGCGGAGGCGAGCGACCGGCAGGUGGGGAAGAUCUGUGCGGAGCUUCAGCGUCUCGCGCUCGCGAAGAAGAACCUGACGACUUCGAUUUCGACGUUGAAGAAGCUGGUGAUGGUGGUUUCGGCUCUGGGCAAACUGCGAGUUGCGGGGAAGACGCGGCAGUACGCUGCGUGCGCGCAGCUGCUUCUCGCGAUCAAGAACUUGGAGGGUGCGUUCGAGCCGUACCGAGACCGCGUGCCUCGGAUCGGCCUUCUGCUGGGCGAGAAAGACCUGCUCUGUCGCUCCCUUCAGCAGCAACUCAUCGAGGACUACCAAGCAGUCUUUGAGGAGGACGCCGCUGCCCCCGCGUUCUCCCGCUUCCGCGGUGAGCGCAGCUCGAAUCCCUUCGCCACUGGGGCAACCUGCGCCGGAGAGCAGAGCAGCUUCUCGCCGUUCGUCGAGGACGCGGACGAGGCGUUGCUGGACUCGGAGCAGCGCGACGCGCUGCGGGAGGCGCAUCUGGCAGUCGAGGCGCUCGGUCCGACUGUCGUCCGCGACGUCGUCCAGCUCGUUUGUCACUCGCUGCUCUUCAACUACACGCGUCUCUUCAGACCUGCGGGCGCGGCGGUGCGCGGCGACAAUCCGUUCCUCGAAAAGGGCAAGCAGGUAGCGGAGUGUGACGCCGCCGGUCUCGAAGUCAUCGACCGUCGCUUCGCCUGGCUGAAGCGCACCAUGCGGGAGUUCGAGGCGAAGCACGAGUCUCUGUUCCCCGCGAGGUGGAGAGUCAAAAUGCACCUCGCCACUCUCUUCUGCCGCGUCACGAAACAACAUUUGGUCGACUUGCUGAGUUGUUCGCAACACACCGUCGACCCAGUUCUCUUGGUGCGUCUGCUACACAAAACGGUGGAGUUUGAGCUGUCUCUGGACAUGAAGUUCCGGAACGAGGAACGCUCGCUGGAACUGAUGAAGGACCUGGAGGACCGGCAGACCUCUCCCGCGUCCUCGGCUGCGGCUUCGCUUCAAUACUACCAUCACAUCUUCCCCGCCGAUCGGCCCACUGCUUCGGCUUCUCUUGCGUCGCCGGGCAAUCCGUUCGAAGCAGAGCUGCAGGCCGCAGGGGAUUCUGGGCGAGAGGAGGCAGAGUGCGUCGACGCGUUUCAACUCGCCAGUUUCCGCGGACUUCUCUCGAGCGUCCUCGAUCCCUUCCUUUUCCGGUGGGCGGAGUUCGAGGAGCAGCAGCUGCUGGACUUUUUCUCUUCUGCUCUCGUCGGAGACAAAGUUGUCGCUCACGCGUCCUUCUCCCCGCGGAGUCUCGACGCGCUGCUUGCCGGUGACGCAGGAGGGCAGGCGCAGGCAGCGCGGACGACCGCAGUUGGGCGAGGACGCAACACCCGGGCAGAAGAGAAGGACGAGGAGGAAGAAGACGAAGAGGAGGAGGAAGAAGAAGAGAGUCACGUGUGCAUGUUUGGGUCCGCAAGCGAGAUCUUGAGUGCAUGCAAAAAGCUGCUUGACAAAGCGAAAGCCGUCAGCAGAGCCCAAGCCAUCAAAGAAAUCGCAGGCGUCUUCAAACGCAUCUUCAAGAAAUAUGCGAAUGUUCUACAGACCAGGCUUCCUUCGGGGAAGCAGCUUUCGUCUCCACCUGGACUGAACGACGUUUCAGUUCUUUUCGCGGGCUCUGGGGAGGCAGGGACGCUGUGGGGGCCUUCGAGUCUCUGGUCCUGCAGCGUCUCUGCAGCGUCUCCGUUUCUCCUGGUGUGUGCCGCUGUGGGGACUAGCGUGUACAUGCACAACUCCAUUUCUCAGCUCCGAGGAACUCUCUCGAAGGCUCUUGCAGAGGCCCACGGACAGGAGAGCGGCUUCGGGGAAGGCGGCGACGCUGCGCUGGGCAGGGAAGCCAGCAGCGACGCAGGCGAAGGCCCCCAAGACCUGGACUUCGUGGAGGAGAAAGACCUUCUUUGGAACAUCCAGGCGAGCUGUGUGAGUCUCCUCGUUUCCUCGUUCUCUGGCGUGAUCGCGGCGUCUCUCUCUCACAUCCAGGCGGACAACUUAAAGAAAGCUGCUUUGCUUCCGGAGAGCCAAGGGAGAAAACGAGACGGUCCGAACUCAAACAUCGUCGCGCUUCGGCGAAGCCUGAGACAUGGCAUGUGCGUUGCGAGUCUCUUCCUCACGGCGCCUCUCUGUCGAUUCGUUUGGGACAAGCUCGCACAAGCAGUGAUUUGCAAGUUCCAUGGGGCACUGGAGCAGCUCAAGGCGCUCACGCCGGUCGCUGCCGAGGCUCUCCUGCGAGACGCCGAAGCCCUCCACGCUGCUCUCCUCGACCUUCCUGCACAAACGUUUCUCGAAGGAGCCGACGCUGGGAAAAACACCAAACGAAAACUGAGAAUGCCUGCAGGGUACGAGAAAUUCGUUUCUCGAGAGAUGGAGCGUGCAGAAGCUGCUCUGCGCGUUGCCGCCUUCCCGCCGGAGGACGGCGCAGCGCCCAUGGCUUUUGCAGGUGCGUCUUCUCUGCUUGGGAGAGCUUCUUCAUCAACGGCGAAGGCAGAGAAUACUGUGCUCCUCCCAAUGAAAGAAGCAAAGAUUUUUGCCGCUGCUUCGCCUGCUCAGGCGUCGUCUUCUUCACCCUCUUUUUAAUCGUCGCAUAUGCCUCGUCUUUCUCUUGUCUUAACGUUCGUCCUCGUCUUUCUGUUCGUCUUGUAAAUCUCGUUCUUGGCGUUUUGUGCGCUUCCCCGGAUGGGGGAUAGAAAGGAGGGAAGGCCGCAGGCGGAUGCUCGACUGACCUGAGUCUGAGAGAUCUGGCGAGUAGUCGUUCUUUUUCGAUGGCUCUCUUCCUGAAGUCCUUGCACAGAGUUAGUGACAGCAUUUUUUUCUCCAUCUGUUUUUCUCUCGGAACACCCGAGGAGACGCCGAGGACAAAACAGCGAUUUCACAUGUAUUUGAUGGUGAGAGACGAAACGCCUGUGACGCAUGUAUCUCAUUUAUGCAUCCCUACCUAUGUCUCGAAUAUACUUCGAUAAAGAUUCGUAUUCCUAAAUCGGCA